ACCUAUAUCGCUAUCUUUGGAAAGGCAAAAAAAAUCCUCAUCCCUCGACCCAAUCAGCCAUCCCCGGCGAUUCGUCGGCGAUGGUGCGGUCAUCCAAGACGGUUGCGAGGGUUACGGUCACCACAUGUGAUGAAGGAUCAGGCUGUUCCAAAUCGGCGCCCAAGAAACGAUGGAGCGAGCGCCUGCGGGGGAGGGUCAUCUUCUCGCUCCUACCCGUGCAUACGAGGGCCAAGAGGCGCGCUGCCGCCGCUAUCUCCUCCAAGGCUAAGAAUACCUAUCGCACGGCGAAACAUGCCUCCCGGAAGGGAAAAAUUCAGAAAGAUGAUGAAGUGAAUACCCAGAAGGGAUACAUUAGUGAUCAGCAGUAUCCAGUUUCUCCAGAGUAUCAGCCAGAUAUUGAUUGGGAGAUACCGUCUCCACCAAUCUCACCAUCCACUGAGCAGCAACGGAUAGACAAUGCACGUAGAGAAUACAUGAUCAAGGCCAGCCAGGCAUUAGAGUAUUACCAUGAGAAACAUCCUGUUGACCGUUACACGCCCGUGGAUGUCAAUCUCAAACAGUUCAUGAACAUUAUCGACGAAGCAGGCUACUAUAUCCAUAUGAACUUCAAAGCACAAAACUUGGAAACCAAGGCUGAGGAGAUCUUCUUUGCAGAGCUGUUACUUCCUUACGAUCCUCUUAUUGAUUGUGACAUUGUAACUGCAUGUCAUAUCAUUGGGCCUGAAGCUCUUGGAAAAAGAGAUUACUUCAGUUUGCAUCCAUCAACAAUAAUAUGCAGUGGAAACGGAAAUUAAAUUAUCUGCUACAACAAAGUGGAAAAGCUUGUCUUUCUUCAAUGUGGGAGAUGCAAACUUUUAGUUCAUACUUCAGAAAUUUUGAGAUGCAAGAUGCAACUCUACUCAUUUCUGUGCACCAAAUCCGUUGCACACUAUCUACUUUCAUGCCAAGAACAAUACCUGAGACAACGAAUGUGCAGGGAAAUGAGUAGAGUUGCAUCUCAAAAUGUCUUAUAACAAUACCUGAUUCAACACGAACUCAUUUUGGACCCCAAUGCCCAAAGUUUUUCUCCACGUGCAGUACAGUUGACUCAUGUACAGCAUAGCAGUUGUAACCUAAU